AUGUUCAAGAGUAUCUCCAUUCAAUGGUUGAUGAAAAGAUCUUAUAGAAACUUGACCACGGCUACUACCACCACUCCUCCACUAAUGGCACAACCUAUAGAUUACUCGUCAUGGUCUAAAGAAGAUUUGAUUGCAAAAAUUACCGACUUGGAACAGUCAUCAAAGACACAACCAGCUACAGCUACAACAGAAGUGAAACAGAAACUGAAGAAACAAAAACAGUUUGACUGGAGUAAACACAAUUUGCGCUUUGUUGCAUUACGAUUUGCAUAUUUAGGAUGGAACUACAAUGGUCUUGCGUACCAAUUUGAACCAACACCAUUACCAACUGUUGAGGAAACAAUAUUGAAAACCCUAUCUAAAAUAAAACUCAUUCCUGAACCUAUAGAUAAAGUAGAUUUCUCCAGAUGCGGAAGAACUGAUAAAGGUGUAAGUGCAAUGAAUCAAGUAAUAUCAAUCAAACUCCGAUCAAAUUUAACUUUAGAGGAACAACAAGACUCAGUCAAUGAUGAAAAGGAAAUCGAUUACUUGACAAUCAUAAACGCCAAUUUACCCAGUGAUAUUAAAAUCCAUUCUAUAUGUCUACAUCCACCGCCUGAUUUCGAUGCUAGAUUCAGUUGCAAAAACCGACACUAUCGAUACUUGUUCAAAUCAUCAAAUUUAGAUAUUGAACUAAUGAAUCAAGCAGCAGGGUAUUACCAAGGACAACAUGAUUUCCGCAAUUUUUGUAAAUUGGAUGGAUCAAAACAAAUUACCAAUUUUGAACGAUUCAUUUACAGUUCGAAAAUCAUCCAUUUGGAAAACGGCUUGUACUGUUUCGAUCUAAUUGGUACGGCUUUCCUUUGGCAUCAAGUGCGAUGCAUGGUUGCCAUCUUGUUUCUAGUAGGACAACAUUUGGAAAAACCAGAAAUUGUGCUUGAAUUAAUGGACAUUACCAAGUAUCCCACCAAACCUCAAUAUGAAAUGGCCAAUGAUAUCCCCCUUGUUUUGUACGAUUGUGAAUUUGCGCCCAUGGAAUGGAAACAAUUUGAUAAUGAUUAUAAAUUCAAUCGAAUCAUGAAUGGGUUCAAAGGCAUGUGUUAUGAUUUGAGUGUUAAAACGAAAAUGCUGAGCAUCAUGGAAGAGCUUGUGUUUCAAGGUCAAAAGAGAAAUCCGUCGGUGGUUAACUCAGUGCCUCUUGGUGACGGAGUUGGCCGAGCUUUUGCUAAAUACACUGCCUUGGCAGAUCGUGAACGAACUGAGAGCUAUGACAUCAUCAAUGCUCGAUGGAUGGCAAAAAAAUCAAAAAGAGUUGAGGCUCAACUGAAUCAAAGCAUCAAUGAUUGA